ACAGCAGUGCCGGUCAAAGGUACGUUGUCGGCCGGUAGAGGACAGCAGGGUAGAGGAAGAGACGGUCAGAGGAAGAGACGAGAGGAAAGGAGAGAGGAGCGGAGCAGGACAGAGGAGACAAGAGAAAGGGAGAGCAGGGCUGGGCGGAGCGAUGUGAGCGCGGCUGGCAUUUGCUGUCAAAGCCCAGGAGAUGCUGCAACCAGACGAUUCGUCCUGGAGCAUUUCGUUCGCCGGCUGCGGAUUCCUCGGCAUUUACCAUGUGGGGGUUGCCAGCUGCCUGUGCGAGCACGCCCCGCAUCUGGUGCAUAACGCCAGCAACAUCUACGGGGCAUCGGCCGGCGCGCUGACAGCCAGCGCCUUGGUCAGCGGAGCCUGUCUAGGAGAAUCUGGUGCAAAUAUUAUUGAUGUUGCUAAGGAGGCACGCAAGAGAUUUCUGGGCCCUCUGCACCCUUCCUUUAACAUUGUGAAGGUUAUCCGUAGCCGGCUUUACAAGGGGCUCCCAGACAACGCACAUGAGUUGGCAACUGGUCGGUUGGGCAUUUCGUUGACCCGUGUGUCCGAUGGAGAGAAUGUACUGGUGACGGUGUUUAACACUAAAGAGGAGCUGGUGCAGGCCUGCAUUUGCAGCACAUUUAUCCCCGUGUACUGUGGACUAAUACCACCAACACUGCAAGGAGUGCGAUACGUCGAUGGAGGAAUUACAGAUAAUUUACCUCUGUAUGAACUCAAGAACACAAUUACUGUGUCUCCCUUUGCUGGAGAAAGUGACAUCUGUCCUCGGGAUUGCUCCAGCAACAUGCAUGAGUUGAGAAUAACGAAUACCAGCAUCCAGUUCAACCUGCAGAACAUGUACCGCCUUUCCAAGGCCUUAUUUCCUCCUGACCAAGAGGUGAUGCGUGAUAUGUGUAAGCAGGGAUACAGUGAUGCACUUGACUAUCUCAAGAGGAAUGCUUUGUUGAACCGGCCACAGCCUUUGUGCGGCCUUGCUCAGCUUGCCCUACAUGACAAUCAUGAUGAAGAUAAUGAAGAAGAAGCAGGAAUGGAAGCAGCAGAGGCAAAUCAAAUGGAAGUCAAAGGAGGUUUGAACAAGAAUAAUGACGAGAUUCUGGAGCACCUGCCGCCACGGCUUCACCAAGCACUAAUUGAAGCGUGUGCUGAAAAAAGGAGUUUUCACAGCAACUUUUCAAACCUGCUGCCUGUCCGCUUAUUCUCUGCCAUGAUGCUGCCAUACACCUUGCCCGUGGAAUCAGCAGUUUCAUUCACUGUAAGAAUCCUGGAAUGGUUGCCUGAUCUCCCAGAGGACAUUGACUGGAUGAAAGAUCAGAUCGCUAAUGUCUUGUGUUACUUUGCCACCAAUGCCAAGGCAAAAUUGGGACAUCAUCUUUCCACAAGGUUGCCAUGCAGCACGAGGCUACAAAAGACUCAAAGCCUUCUCAUACUGCCAACGUCGUCUGCCAGUUCUCUCCAGCAAUGGAUCCGAAGCAAUACUUCGGUGAACGAUCUCAUUCUGAAAUGUGAACAGUACCAACGGUACCUGUGGCCCAGCAUGCCCUUCGUCAACUGGAAACUCCAGGCCCCCACAUGCCAACAGGAUCUGGAUACUGGUUUAGAAAUGAAACCAUCACCCGCUUCUCCAUAGAAACCAGACUGAAUGUCAGAGGGGGCAACCUUCCUCACACAGCAAGCACUUCUUACUGAAAGUAUCAUAUAUUCCAGCGAGUUUCAUUGAACACAUACAGCUUGUACAGAUUUCUCUUAUAUAUCAAAGGGUGGCACAGUGGCGCAACGGUAGAGUUGCAGCCUUACAGCGCCAGCCACUUGGGUUUGACCCUGACAAUAGAUGCUGCCUGUGCAGAGUUUGCACGUUCUCCCUGUGACUGCGUGGGUUUCUCCGGUUGCUCCGGUUUCCUCCCACAUUCCAAAAACGUGCAGGUUUGUAGGUUAAUUGGCUUCUGUAAAUGCAAAUUGCCCCUAGUGCGUAACAUAGUGCUAGUGUAUGGAGUGAUCACUGGCCGGCGCGGACAGGGUGGGCCAAAGGGCCUGUUUCCAUGCUGUAUCUCUAAAGUCCAAUGGAAAUCAACAUGACAUCUGUUUCAAAAGCAGUGGAAUAACAUGAGGCACUUAUGAAGAACACAUCUUCCAGUUGAACACAUUAUUCUCAAUUAAUCAUUUCCACAGAGUUUACUGGGAUGCACACUUCUCUGUUUCAGUAGUAUAAGACCUAGAUUGUGGUAAUUGUUUAUUUAAUAUAACUUUCUUACUUUUCGAAAGAUGAAUUUAAAUGAUACAAAGUUUUUCUUUAUAUUUAGCUAUGAAAUUAGUUUGGUAAAAAUAUAUUUAGGUAAAUACAAUCAAAAUUAUGGAGCUGAAUUUAGUUUAUGAAUUGAAUCUUAAAGGGAAUUGUGAGUUUUCAUAAGGGAAAAAAACGCCAAUGGAAACCCAAAGACAAACUUAGUCUCAUAAAAAAAAUAUAUAUAUUUGUAGAUGGAGGGGUCAUUUAUACAAAAUGAUUAGUUUCUACAGGUGAUUACAGUGAAAAUUAUAAUGCAAGUCGAUUGGCCUCUAAAUUGCCUCGAGUGUGCAGGGAGAGGAUGUGAAAGUGCAAUAACAUAGAACUAGUGUGAAUGGACGAUCGAUAGUUGGUAUGGGCUCGUAGGGCCAAAGGGCCUGUUGCUAUGCUGUAUCUUUCAAUCAAUCAAACCACUUCUGCGCCAGAUCAAUGCAAUUCUCCACUACUUCCUAAGUCCUUUUCAUUUGCAACUGCUACUGUGGAGUAUUUAAAAUGCAUCUCGAUAUCUUUUUGUUUCAAGUCUUGUUUUUUUUUAACAUGUUGAAUAUAUUUGGUGUUAAGAAUUUUGCUGUUUUAAAAAAAAGUUUGGCUGUUUAUAUUUAUGUUAAUUCCAUAAGAUGUUUUAAUGUUAUGUUCUUUGACCACUCAAUUCAUACAUCAAACUAUGGUUUAUUUUUAAGGAUAUUUUAUUUCUGAUCCACUAUUUUUACGUUUUAAGACUCCAAAGUUAUCUAUAUUCGUUCGCUCUUCAGGGUGUAACUUUCAGCUUCUAAGUUUGUGAAUGCGUAUAAUCUGUUAUCGUUAAAUAAAAGGUAAUAUUAACAGCCAAAGUCAACACAAGCAACCAAAAGCAAAGCAAUUCCCCACUAAAUCAUGACAGCCAAGACCAACAAGAGGUCACCACCCCACCUCGUCUUUGUUUAGAGCACUGAAGUAGGAGAAAGGGAAAAGAAGAAAUACACAAGGACGUAUCUUGAAAGUUUAUUUUAGAAGUGAGAUUGGAUGGAGUUCAGCAGAAGUGGAUGGGGAUCAAACUGUGGCAGUAUCAUAUCAGGAGCUUUUUAUUUGACCAGCCUGAGUUUCAGAAAUUCCACCUUAAUUAAUGAAAUGGCCUACUUGAAAUCCUUUUGUUUAAAAUUUUGUUUUUUUAUCAAGAUUUUGUACUGCUUCCCUGGCCUGUGAUGUAAUUUUACUUCGAACCUCAACACACAUCCAUUAUCAUUGACCAUUGUAACUCAUCGGGUAGUUAUAAAAAAGGCUGCAUUCCAGUCAGGUCUCUCUGUCAAGUUAUUCUACUUUUUUAAAUUAUAAUCCUUGCGUGCGAAUACAUGACCCUGUGAGCGAAGAAUGGUCUUGUAAGCAUACCUAUUUUUUUAAAUUGUUAACUUGUACUUGAGGCACUAUUACCCAGAGAUUCAUCCCUAGUCAAUACUGCACACUGUAUAGUAUUGAGGGCACAUGGUAAAGGGUCUCUGAUAUUCAAAUCCCAUUGAAGUUGUUGGAGUUGCAGCACCAAAGUAACACUGCUGUUCAAGGAUGAACUUCUAGUUUCAGGUAUUUCACUAAUAUUCAUUUCCUCAUCUAGAACUGUGGGGAAUCCAGGAUAAGGGAAGCACAGUGGUACAGAGGGUUGAGCUGCUGCCUCACAGCGCCAGAGAACCAUGUUCCAACCUGUCCUCGGGUGCUGAGUGUGUGGAGUUUUACGUUCUCCCUCUGACCACGUGGGUUUCCUCCGGGUGCCCCGGUUUCCUCCCACUUCCCAAAGACGUCGGGUUUGUUGAUUACCUGGUCUCUGAAACUGUCCCUAAUGUGCAGUGGAUGAGAAAGUGAGAUAACAUAGAACUGGUGUUCAAAGGUCUGUGCUGACUCGGUGGGCCAAAAGGCUUGUUUCCAUGCUGUACCUCUAAACUAAACUAAACUAGAUUAAUAUGCUCAUCCAAUUAUCAUUGGCAUUGCUAUUUGGUUUAUUGGGCAUGUGAAGGUGAAAAAUGGUGGACAGUGUGAUCUCCAAAACAUAAGUGAUAAAAGUAAUGUGGCUCUUUUCAAUUAUGUUCCUUCCGCCUUGAGACUUUUUCAGUACUUCACGGAGGAAUUAGCAAAUUAUUUGUUGUAGAGCCUUUACCUUGUGCCAUUAUGAAAGCGUAGCCUGUGUAGGAAAGAAAUGCAGAUGCUGGUUCAAACCAAAGAUAGGCACAAAAAGCUGGAGCAACUCAGCGGGUCAAACAGCAUCUCUGGAGAAAAGGAACAGGUCACGUUUCGGGCUUCAGAGAUGCUGUCCGACCCGCAAAGUUUUUUGUGUCUAUCUUCAGCCUAAAUUGACACCCUUGUUACUGAUUUUCAAUCUCUACACCCACUCAACUACUUGGCUGAAAUUUGUAACUAAUUGAAAUUUGUAACAAAAAUGAAGAGUACAACCAGCCCUGAUUGUACAAACUCAGUGUGGGGUUAUAGGGGUGAAUUGCCAAUCUGCCACUAAUAACAAAUUGGCAAUUGGUAUCAACCAACAUCUGCAGUUCCUUUUUAUUACAUUAUGGAAGACAUUACAGCUCAUUUGAAACGUUGAUAUAUCACCUUAUAUAUAUUAUAAAUUAAAAUAUUCUACCUGUGUACAUUACAAUAUUAUAAGAGUUGUAAAAGAUGUUAAUUUUUAUGCUCAAAUUGUAUAGAGUGUACAUAGCUUUCAAUCUAAAAUCUAUAGGUUCCACAAAAUUGCCAAUUAUAUUUUUCUGAAAGGAGAAUGGAUGAGUUAUUUAAGCUCGUUGCACUUAUUUAAAUAAGAUUGCAUUAUUUUUAGCGAGGAGGUUAGUAUUUAAAGUUGUAAUCAUAGAUUGUAUGGUUGAGGCGCAGAGCAAGUGAGAGAGGGGUUGUACUCUGAGGAAGGUCUAAGCAGGGUGAUGAUACUUUGAAGACGUUCUCCUCCUCUCUCCGACGAGUUCUGCAACACCCUCUCUCCCUGCUCCCCUGUGAUUCCUCCUGCUCUCCAGAUCUGCUUUGAUCUGUCAUUUUCACACCUUACCCUUCCAUACCUCUAGUGUCCUCCCCUGACUCUCAGUCUGAAGAAGAGUCUCAAUCCGAAACAUCACCCAUUCCUUCUCUCCCAAGAUGCUGCCUGUCCAACUGAGUUCCUCCAGCAUUUUGUGUCUACGAUGAGAUUGAAGUAAGAUAUCUCCUGUCAUUUCCCAGUAGACACAGAGCUGAUUGUGGGGUCGGGGUAACCACUAUGCUAACAGUCCUAUGGCAUCUUGUGGGUAGCCAUGUUGUGAAUGAAAGUAAAUGCUAGCAAGUUAUUCAGUGCUGAAGGCAAUGCUGGUGAAAUUCUCACAGGUGCAUUUCACAGGAGAGUCACUGGAUGGCACUCGAGUGUCGAAACCCUGACUUCCUUUGCCUCCCUGAGGCCAUUUGAAGUACAGCAAAUAUAUUGCCUGUCGUUAGCUAAACUGGUCACCCAAUCACCAAAUAUAGCUCUCUCUGUUCCUCUCAGUCCUGUUUUGUUAACACUGUAUGAUAUCUCUGUUAUGUCUGAAUUAAUUACGAGCAAACAAUGUAAUUCUAUUUACCACCACUUCAUGAUUUACCAUUUCAACUUACUUAUCAGCUCUGAUAGAAAACACCUGAUUACAGUUAAGAAAUGCCGCGUGAAUGAGUCUGUGGUGAUGGAUAAUUUGCUUAUGUUCUGUUGUGAUCUCAAUAGGUUAAAUUAAAAGUAAAAGAAAACGAAGAGAUGUCAGACAAGGGACAUUGCUGUUAUUGUCCACAUUAUGAAUCCCCUGCUGCAUUGGUUUAUAAGCUUACAUGCAGUUACUUUCUGUGUUCUACCAUUGCUUAACUGGCUAAAAUUAUCUGAUUGAAAAUAAUAAUAGGAAACUAUAAUUUGCAUUAUGCUGCAGUUGAUGCUGUAUGUUUUGAUUGAUAAUUACAUGCAACUUUGUAAUCUAUAGACUGAUACAAACCCACCAUACAGUGAAGAAGAUUUUCACUAAGAUGUGACUGCUUAAUGAAAAGACCAUGUUGUGUUUUCCAAAACUUAUUUUGCUAUACAAUAAAACUGGUUCUGUAUCCUUGUGUGAAAAAAAAUGACUUUGGAUAAUAAAUAUAUUAUAACA